AUGAGCCUGCCGCGGGGCGCGUGGACCGAGGGCGGCCGCGUGGAACGAGUGGCACCGGAACCGACGGGAUCCGAAGGGGGCGGCUGCGGCUUCGCCUCGGGCUGGCUGGGCGUGUGCUGCCCCUCUCGCCUGCCCGCCGCCUCGCCUCGCUACCUGCUGCCCGGGGAGGAGGAGGAGGAGGCGGCGGCGGCGGAGGGGAGCGCGGUACGGGGAGGUGGGAGCAGCCCCGGCGGGACGCGGGGUACGGCGGCGGGCGGCGGGAGGCCACGGGGAGGCGGCGGGCCGGGCCUGCGGGCGCAGGUGAGCGGCGUGCAGAAGCAGAGGCGGCUGGCGGCCAACGCGCGGGAGCGGCGGCGGAUGCACGGGCUGAACCACGCUUUCGACCAGCUGCGCAAUGUCAUCCCCUCCUUCAACAACGACAAGAAGCUCUCCAAGUACGAGACGCUGCAGAUGGCGCAGAUCUACAUCAGCGCCCUGGCUGAGCUGCUGCACAGCCCCGCCGCCCCCCCAGACACCCCCGGCAAAGCCGAGCACCGCGGGGCUCCCUUCGAGUCUCCCUGCGCCGCUGGAGCCGGCCCGCCCCCGGGGCCGCCGGCGCCGCAGCCCGGGCCGCCGAGAGCCUCGCCCCCCGGGCACGGCAGGACUCGCUUCCCCCCGCCGCCGGCUGCGGGGGGUUAUUCGGUGCAGCUCGACCCGCUGCACUUUCCCUCCUUUACGGACGGAGCCCUGAUGGGACAGAGAGCCCCUUCCCCCGCACUGCUCAUGCCGCAGCCCGGGCAGCAGCCGCAGGAGAGGAGCAAGACGUCUCCCCGGUCCCACAGGAGCGACGGGGAGUUCUCGCCCCGCUCCCACUACAGCGACUCGGACGAGGCCAGCUAG